ACUCUGUAGUUAGCUUUACUUCAUCCUUACUUGAAUCGGAAAGUCAAUUGAUUGAAUAUAGACUAGCUAACUAAGUAAAACAUGUAUUACUCAAUCAAGCCGACUCUGCAUGAACAUAUAUAGGUCAUUGAUUGAGAGCCUCAUAAUUUUCAGCAUACCUUACCAUGAAGGGAACUUCAGUCAAGCUAUCCGUUCUGGUUGUCAUCCUUCUGGCUUUCGCGUCAUUUCUGUCUCCAUUUACAGCAGAAGCAAGACGCAAACACGUGCAUCACCGUAACUGCCACCAUCGUGUAAGACCAUCCCCUGUGUCACCACCACCAGCCCCAACAGAAGCGCCAGCAUCAGCACCGAAUGAGGGUAUACCACCAUACCAAAUCCAUGGUUGUGGCUACCCGUGUAGCGACUCCAAUGACUGUGAUUGGCCUUGUACAGUGUGUUGUGCAAACCAAACCUGUUGUUACGAUGAACCCUUCGUUGUUUCAGACCCAUACCCAUUACCUGGUCCAUCACCAAGCGUAGAAGAACCAGUACCUGCACCAGCACCGGCACCUACUGAUGGUGCAGAAAUACCACCAUACCAAAUCCACGGUUGUGGCUACCCCUGUAGCGACUCCAAUGACUGUGAUUGGCCCUGCACUAUCUGCAGUGUGAAUCAAACAUGUUCUUAUGAUGAGCCAAUUGUUGUUUCAGACCCAUUUCCAUUACCUGGUCCAUCACCAAGCGUAGAAGAGCCAGUACCUGCACCAGCAUCGGCACCUACUGAUGUUGUUGCAGAAAUAGCACCAUAUAAUAUCCACGACUGUGGCUACGCUUGCAGGGACUCCAAUGACUGUGAUUGGCCCUGCACUGUCUGCAGUGUGAAUCAAACCUGUUCUUAUGAUGAGUCCGUCGUUAUUUCAGACCCAUUUCCAUUACCUGGUCCAUCACCAAGCGUGGAAGAAUCAGUAGCUGCACCAGCAUCGGCACCUGCUCCUGAUGUUGCAGAAAUAGCACCAUCCAACAUCCCCAAUUGUGGCCACGGUUGCAGGGACUCCAAUGACUGUGAUUGGCCCUGCACUGUCUGCAGUGUAAAUAACACCUGUGAAGAACCAGCACCUGCACCAGAAGCCGUGUUUGUACCACCAUUUCCAUCAUCUGAUCCAAUAACAAUCGCUCCUUUGUCACCGUCACAACCACCAGCUCUACCUCCAUCCACAGGUGAUGAGACGGAUGAUGAUGAUGUAUUAGCACCACCACCAACUAAUUAUGAUAUAGGAGUUCCAGCAGAUGUUCCGCCACAGGGAUACGAAUUUACACCAUACCAAGUACAUGGUUGUGGCUAUGGACCCUGCAACGACUCCAAUGAUUGUGAUUGGCCCUGUACAACCUGUUGCGCUAAUCAAACCUGCUGCCAUGAGGAAGAUAUGUUUUGAUAAAAUCUCAAACACGCAAAUCCCAGCUUAACAACACAAAAUAAUAGGGAGUACUACGUAUAACUAAUGUUCUUGCAUUCUACAAAACGCGUAACCAUACCUCUUGCAAAGUAUUUACAUAUUAUACAUCAUUCUUCAAUUGCCUUGUUUGGUGAAUGGAAUUUAUAUACUAUAGCUGCCUGUAUCAUACAAAUUUAUAAGCGAGAUUAA